AUGGGCUGCGUGCACUGCAAGGAGAAGGUGGCCGGCAAGGGGCAGGCGGGGAGCAGCGCGGGGCCCUCGUCGGCCCCCACCCUGCAGUACGACCCCGACCCCGCGCAGCUCGGCGGCGCCUUCACCCACAUCCCCGACUUCAACAACUUCCACGGCACCGCCGUGCCCACCGCUGCGCCCUUCGCGGGGCCGGGCUUUUACCCCUCCAACACGCUGCAGGCGCACAGCAGCAGCAUCACAGGUGGGGGCGUGACGCUUUUCGUCGCCCUGUACGACUACGAGGCCAGGACGGAGGAUGACCUGAGUUUUCAGAAAGGGGAGAAGUUCCACAUCAUCAACAACACCGAGGGUGACUGGUGGGAGGCCAGGUCGCUGAGCUCGGGUGACACGGGCUACAUCCCCAGCAACUACGUGGCCCCCGUGGACUCCAUCCAGGCAGAGGAGUGGUACUUCGGGAAGAUCGGGCGCAAGGAUGCAGAGCGGCAACUCCUGUGCCACGGCAACUGCAGGGGCACCUUCCUCAUCCGGGAGAGCGAGACAACGAAAGGCGCCUACUCCCUCUCCAUCCGGGACUGGGACGAGGCCAAGGGCGACCACGUGAAGCACUAUAAGAUCCGAAAGCUGGACAGCGGGGGGUACUACAUCACCACGCGGGCCCAGUUCGACACCGUGCAGCAGCUGGUCCAGCACUAUAUAGAACGGGCGGCCGGGCUGUGCUGCCGCCUGGCCGUGCCGUGCCCCAAGGGGACCCCCAAGCUGGCCGACCUCUCGGUCAAAACCAAAGACGUGUGGGAGAUCCCCCGCGAGUCCCUCCAGCUCCUCAAGAAGCUGGGCAACGGGCAGUUCGGAGAAGUGUGGAUGGGCACGUGGAACGGCACCACCAAGGUGGCGGUGAAGACUCUGAAGCCGGGCACCAUGUCCCCCGAGGCCUUCCUGGAGGAGGCUCAGAUCAUGAAGCGGCUGCGGCACGACAAGCUGGUGCAGCUCUACGCCGUGGUGUCGGAGGAGCCCAUCUACAUCGUCACCGAGUUCAUGAGCCAAGGCAGCUUGCUGGACUUCCUAAAGGACGGGGACGGCCGCUACCUGAAGCUGCCCCAGCUGGUGGACAUGGCUGCCCAGAUCGCCGCGGGCAUGGCCUACAUCGAGCGGAUGAACUACAUCCACCGGGACCUGCGCGCUGCCAACAUCCUGGUGGGCGACAACCUGGUGUGCAAGAUCGCUGACUUCGGCCUCGCCCGCCUCAUCGAGGACGACGAGUACACGGCGCGCCAGGGUGCCAAAUUCCCCAUCAAGUGGACGGCCCCGGAGGCGGCGCUUUUCGGGAAGUUCACCAUCAAGUCGGACGUCUGGUCCUUCGGCAUCCUCCUGACCGAGCUGGUGACCAAAGGCCGGGUGCCCUACCCAGGGAUGAACAACCGGGAGGUGCUGGAGCAGGUGGAGAGGGGGUACCGCAUGCAGUGCCCGGGGAACUGCCCCCCCUCCCUGCACGAGGUGAUGGUGCAGUGCUGGAAGCGGGAGCCCGAGGAGCGCCCCACCUUCGAGUACCUCCAGUCCUUCCUCGAGGACUACUUCACGGCCACCGAGCCCCAAUACCAGCCGGGGGACAACCAGUGA